ACCAAUGAUGGUGAAAAUGGACAUAACGCUAUUUGUCUUUCUUGAUAUUCUACUUUUCUCUGCUGGCCGCCAUCUAAAGUCAAACCUAACAAAAACGAAUUUUUCUCUACCACAAAGAUCCAAUAUCCAGAAAGUAGGAAGCCCUGCUGCAGUUGUCAUUCCAGGUUACACAUACUACCCAGUAGAAGAUGAGAUGGACUCUGACAUGGACUGUUCAUGCCCAUCGCCUGACCAAUCAGACUGCUGUCAGUUUAAAGACGGCCUAUCCAGUUGCCAAAAUCAAAGCUCGGAGGUAAAACGUUUGCGUCUGAAUGCCGCUGGACAGGAAUACAUUGUGACGUUGAAUACAUCUGUUUCAGGGGGGACUCCUAUUGAUCAACAAACUGCAGAUAGUCCUAAAAUGUCCCAUGCUAAUCCGCAAAAGUCUCCAGGUAAUCUUCAAAAGUCUCCAGAUAGCCCUCAAAAGUUUCCAGGUAAUCGUGUAAAGUGUCAGARGUUUCCAGGUAAUCGUCAAAAGUUCCCAGUUCAACCACAAAAGUUUCAAGGUAAUCCUCAAAAGUCUCUACAUCAUCGAAAGUCUCAAGAUCAAAGACCUCCACUCUUCAUUAUCCGAAAUGCUCCACCAGAGAGACUUACUGCUUCUAGUGAUGAAAAAACGGUCAUAGGGACAGGGAAGCCUCUAAGAUUUUCAACAGGUUCCUCGACCAAUCAGAAAUUUGGAAAAACUAUGGGCGUCUUCAAAAAACUUGUUAAAGUCCUUUCUGGUGUAGUACACAAAAUGAAUGUGCCACCCACAAAUGCAGACAACAAAAUCAACGACAGGAGCAACAACGACAACAACAACAACAACAAGGUGAGAAAACACUCUGGUCUUUCCCAGGAGGAAAAGCAAAAACAAGACAACUACGAUUUAUACCCGCAAGUAUUCCUGGGAGAAGAUUUGAAGCCACACACCAUUGAGGAACUAAAAACAAGCCAUGAUAGAUAUGAACURUUGGGCCAAAAACUGUUUGGUCAGACUGUAAAUGGAAUUAAUGGCCARGGGAGAAAAAAUGAACACGAAAAUGAAUUGAGUACAAAAGAAGAAAAGGAAGCGCCAUUUCCUGAAAACAACAAGGAGAAACAGGGAAUGAAUACAGAAAAAGAAGAAGAGGAGGAGAAGAAUCUGAGCAAUCAAGAGAACAUCGAGGUAUUUGACAAUAAAGAUAACAAACAGGAGCUUGAAUAUCAGCAACAGCAAGGAAUAAACUCAGCGGUUAAAGAAUCGAAACAGUCACCUCAAUCGCAGCAAACACAAGAUGAACCGCCGAGAACACACAAACAAGAAAAUACGACUCCAAUGAAUGAAAAACAAAACACUUACAAUCCAUUAAAGCACUCAAAUAGUGAAGACAAAAUAAACAUAGGCAAACCACAACACGAGAACACAUCAAACAAUCCAGACCAAGAUAUCGAGCAACAGGAGAACCAGGUACCAAAAAGUCCAGGUCAAGACAGCGAAAAGCACAUACAGGAGAACCAGGUUCCAAAACGUCCAGGUCAAGGUGGCCAACAGCAGCAACAGGAUAACCAGGCAGCAAACAGUCAAGAUCAAGUUGGCGAACAGCACCAACGGGAGAACCAGGUACCAAACAGUCCAGGUCAAGAUGGCGAACAGCAGCAACAUGAGAACCAGACACCAAACAGUCCAGGUCAAGGUGCCGAACAGCACCAACAAGAACCACCAGACAGUCCAGGUCAAGACAGCGAACAGCAUCUACAGGAGAACCAGACACCAAACAGUCCAGGUCAAGACAGCGAACAGCAUCUACAGGAGAAACAGACACCAAACAGUCCAGGUCAAGGUGGCGAACAACAGCAAGAGCAAAACCAGGCAAUAAAUAGUCCAGGCCAAGACAGCGAACAGCCGAAUCCAGAAAAYGAGAUUCAGGCCGACAAAGUAGUUGGAAAACURCUUCUCAUCAACACUCAAAACAAGAAGAAACAAUUCCAUGACAACUCAAACGCCUUAGUAGCUAGWAGGCAACAUCAAUUGAACACUAUAAUAGAACAAAUGUCGAAACAAAACGACCAAAUAUCAAACAAAGAAGCCAUAAAUCAGACAAGCAAUGAAAUAACGCAGCUUGUAAAGAAACUUAAUCUUUUGAAAAAGAAUCUAGAAAUUAACGGUCAAAAUCCUUCYACACCACCAAUGCAAAACAGACCUUCUAUAAAGGGAUCCCAUAACCACGCACCUCAAGAUAAGCAUCAUGUAAUAAAAGACGACGAUUUAUGUACUGCUGUUGACGAUAUCAUUUCAUGCGAUCCCGAGUUCAAUCCUUGCUUACAAAGAACAAAAAUUCCUUGUCCAAUGAAUCAAGAGUUAUUGACUUCAUACUGUUGUCAAGGAAACGAAGAGUCAAGGACGCAAAAUGGUGGAGCAAGAAAAGGAAUUUGUCGACGCCAAGCCUUACAAGACCAYAAUGCAAAGCGGUCCCUACACAAAGUUCCUCCGCUUCGUUUGGAUAARAUACUUAACAAAGCCGCGCUAAACUAUGCCAGAAAACUGGCUGCACGUGGUAUUAAAAAUCCAGUACAUUCACCAAGGAGUGAAAGAAUUGGRCAGGGAGAGAAUCUGGCUAUUACUUGCACUAGUCCAGAGUCACCCUACGACUGCACCGCCAUAACUAAUCGAUGGUACGAUGAAAUCAGCAAAUACCAUUGGAAAUCACCCGGGUUUUCCAACGAAACAGGGCAUUUCACGCAAGUUGUCUGGAAAAAUACAAAACUACUAGGGAUAGGACGCGCCGAA